AUGUCCUCGCUACUCAACUAUCUAGGACUGCGCGAGUCCUCCAGCAGCUCGCCCUCGUCGAAGACGAACGCAACCCGCGCCCUGCCGGCGUCGUGGUACACCUCGCAGGAGAUGUUUGAGCUCGAGCGGCGCGCCAUCUUCUCGCGCAAAUGGCUCAUGACCACGCACAAGCUCCGCCUCCCCAACGCCGGCGACUGGCUGCGCUACGAGGUGGCCGGCUUCCAGUUCGUGCUCGUCCGCGACCGGCAGGGCCAGAUCAACGCCUUCCACAACAUCUGCCGACACCGGGCGUUCCCCGUGGUCACCGAGGACCAGGGCUCGUCGCGCAUCUUCGCGUGCAAGUACCACGGCUGGAGCUACGGGCUGAACGGCAAGCUCGCCAAGGCACCCGGUUACCAAGACCUUGACGGGUUCGACAAGAGCAAGAACGGUCUGCUGCCGAUCCACGUGCACAUCGACCGCUACGGGUUCAUCUGGGUGAACCUGGACGCGAAGGAGGAGCCCGAAAUCGCGUGGGAGGACGACUUCGACGGGAUCGACCAGCAGCCGCGCAUGGAUUAUAUCAACUGGGACGACUACGUGUUCGACCACACCUGGGAGCAAGGCGGCGACUUCAACUGGAAGAUCCUGGCGGAUAACUACAACGAGUGCUACCACUGCGCGACGACGCACCCGGACAUCCCCGCCGUCGCGGACCUGUCGACCUACUCGGUCGACACCAAGGACGGCAGUAUCAUACACGACGCGCACUCGAAGCCCGAGCAGGUUGCCGCGGGUUUGCAGGUUGCGGCAACUUACUACUUCCCGAACGCCAGUAUGAAUGUGACUCCCAACUUCUUCUUCACUCAGCGUUUCGUGCCCAUCUCGCCUACGAAGACGUCCAUGCAGUAUGAAGUCUACCGGAACAAGAACGCCUCCGACGCCGACUUCGACCUCGUCAACCAGAUGUACAAGCGCAUCAUGUCUGAGGACAAGUACUUGUGCGCAUACGCGCAGAAGAACCUCAAUGCAGGUGUCUUUGUGAACGGCGAGCUGCACCCGACGAUGGAGAAGGGACCGCUGUAUUUCCAGAAGGUCGUGCGGGAUCUGGUCGUGGAGCACUUUGAGCGCGAAGAGAAAGAAAAGAACGAAAUCUGGCCCGCUCGGCAAAUCUUGCCCAAGGAGAGCGACGUUAGUGAGAAGGACAUGCAGUUCUGCUCGAGCCUGAGCUGCCAGUCGGGAGCAAAUGCAAAGGAGGGCGCUGGGGGAUGCUGUUCGGGGUUGGGCGCUCAGCCGGCGGCUGCUGUUGCCUGGUAG